AUGCAAAAUCCUCAAUCUCGAUAUUUAAGUUUUAUCAUUUCACUUGAUGAUAGAUAUAAGCCCUUGCCAUUGAUAGCUCAAAGUAACAGAGUGAAUAGACGUGAACUGCCAAACCUAAUUCAUAAUUAUAAUUUGACUUUCAAGGAGUUUAAUGUGCAUUUACAGAUACAUAUAAGAUUUAUCAUGGAUAUAAAUUUUAAAAUAAUGAGAAGAUUAUACUGUGCAUUAUAA